AACGACUUCUGUCGAUAUUCUUUAGCUCCAAGUUGUCUUUUUUUUUCUCAUAUUCACACUGAAUCUUUACUUCCGUGGCGCAGUAAUAUUAACAUGUAAAGUAAGAAUAGUCUCAUUCGUUCGUGGCUAGUUUGAGAGCUGAGAAUGGCAAGUCGGUGACCGUCCCCCGUAGCAAGACUAGCCAGGCUGGUUAUUUCUGUUUAAUGUGUUGUUGCAACAUUGCUUUGAUGCAACAUCUUGGAAAUAAAACUACAACGUUAUGAAGAGCAUGUCCGAUUAGUCAUGUUAAAUGUGUGCAAUGUACUUGUAUGAACUGUGUAACUUUGUCAGAAAUGCUGCCAAAGUUGUGAAGAGAACCACAUCUAUUAACUUGGAAGCUUCACGCAAGCGGCAAACAAUACUUUUGAAUUUUCGUUAUCUCAGGAGCAGUAGUAAAGUUUAGUGAGAUGGAAGAAGCAAGAAAAACAUCUUGCCAACUCUCAGAAGUUGAUGUGCUUAACUUGGGAAGUGGCGAGGCACAGCAUGAAAACACAAACCAGUCAGAGACUAAGCUUGCAUCAACAGUUGAUGAAGAAGGAAAUGAGGAUUCUGCACCUGAUGCUGAAGAACUUUCAACUUCAAAAUACUCCCACCCAGUUUACCGAGAAUUGUCCAUCCUGAAUGGAAAAAUAAACAAGUUGAAUGUUGCACAGUUGAAGAGCCACCUAAGAGAACUUAAUCUUGAGACCUCUGGAAAGAAAUCUGUCUUGCAGAAACGCCUGAAAUCUCAUAUUGGUCAACAGAAACUAAAAGAAUCAGGAAAGGAAGAUGAAACAGCCAGUCAUCGCAAUCUCUACUAUGACUACUACUUGGUGAUUGAUUUUGAGGCAACCUGUGAUGAACACCAGAAUCCAGCAACAUAUAGACAUGAGAUUAUAGAAUUUCCUGCCCAGCUCGUAUCUACAAAGAGAGGCCAGAUUAUUAACCACUUCCACUCAUUUGUUAGACCAGUUAUCAACCCACGUCUAACAGAGUUUUGCACCAACCUCACUGGAAUCACUCAGGAUAAGGUGAAUUUUGCACCCACCUUCCCAGAAGUCCUCAAGCAGUUCGAAGCAUGGCUAGAAGAACGGGGACUGACUUCCUCAGAGACCAGAAUGACAGUACUCACUGAUGGUUCAUGGGACAUGGGCAGGUUCCUUUAUCAGCAGUGCAGUAUUUCUGGAUUGCCUUAUCCAAGCUGGGGAAAACAAUGGAUUAAUAUAAGAAAGAGUUUUUGUAACUUCCUUAAGACAAAGAAGAUGUGUCUCAGAGAUAUGCUAAAUCAUUUAGGUAUGAAGUUCCAAGGUCAACCUCAUAGUGGCCUGGAUGACUCUAAGAAUAUUGCUCGGGUGGCCAUUCGCUUGCUGAAGGAUGGGGCAAACCUGCGAGUCAAUGAAAGGAUAAACAUCAGGAAGGAUGGGAUCUAUAAUCCAAGAGAGCGUGUGGUGAACAACAUUAAUCGGCACAACUUUGAGGGAAUCAAGAAGAAGCAUCGACUUGUUGGAAAUGACAAGAACGACAAUUCAUCCCCUGAUCAAAGCAACUUGGGAAAUGUCAGUGAUUCAGAAUAUGAUGACUCAAAACAUGAGGAAAGUGAACCGCUAUGGCCUGACAUAGGGAAUGUGAAGGAAUUUCCUGAUCUAGUAAAAACAAAUGUGAUGAAAGAGACAUGAAGCUGUGACAUUUAUUUACCCAAGUUGUCACCUGUUAUGUACUUCAUUUGAAGAUUAGUGAUCAGAACUUUUUGCUACCUGAAGUGAGUGCAUUUUACUUUCCUUUUUAUUGCUCUUCCCCCUCCCUCCAAUCUCUCUCUCUCCCCCCCUCUCUCCCCCCUCUCUCUCUCUCUCUCUCUCUCUCUCUCUCUCUCUCUCU